GCACUCUACCACCACACGGCAAUCUAAAACCCCAAACGAAAAGGAAAAAAAAGAUGUUGCCGAUCAUGGUGGCCGUGCCCAAGAUCGCGAUGGAGUGCCUCCAAGGCCCUCUGAGCUGGGUGCUGCUGGCCUCUCUGGCCUUCGUGCUCCUGCAGCUCCGGCGGCGGGGCAAGGCGCCGCUGCCGCCGGGCCCGAAGCCGCUGCCGAUCAUCGGGAACAUGACAAUGAUGGACCAGCUGACCCACCGCGGGCUGGCGGCGCUGGCCGAGCAGUACGGCGGGCUGCUGCACCUCCGCCUGGGCCAGCUGCACGCGUUCGCGGUGUCGACGCCCGAGUACGCGCGCGAGGUGCUGCAGGCGCAGGACGGCGCCUUCUCGAACCGCCCGGCCACCAUCGCCAUCUCGUACCUGACCUACGACCGCGCCGACAUGGCGUUCGCGCACUACGGGCCCUUCUGGCGUCAGAUGCGCAAGCUGUGCGUGAUGAAGCUCUUCAGCCGGCGGCGCGCGGAGACGUGGGUGGCCGUGCGCGACGAGUCCGCGGCGCUGGUCCGCGCCGUGGCGUCCAGCGGUGGCGAGGCCGUGAACCUGGGCGAGCUCAUCUUCAACCUGACCAAGAACGUCAUCUUUCGCGCGGCCUUCGGCACCCGCGACGGCGAGGGCCAGGACGAGUUCAUCGCCAUCCUCCAGGAGUUCUCCAAGCUCUUCGGUGCCUUCAACAUCGGCGACUUCAUCCCCUGGCUGAGCUGGAUGGACCCGCAGGGCAUCAACCGGCGCCUCCGCGACGCCCGCGCCGCGCUGGACCGCUUCAUCGACAAGAUUAUCGAUGAGCACAUGAGGCGGGGGAAGAGCCCCGACGACGCCGACGCCGACAUGGUCGACGACAUGCUCGCCUUCCUCGCCGAGGCGAAGCCCAGCAAGGACGGCGGCAAGCCCGCCGCCGGCGACGUCGACGACCUGCAGAGCACGCUCCGCCUCACGCGCGACAACAUCAAGGCCAUCAUCAUGGAUGUGAUGUUUGGCGGGACGGAGACGGUGGCGUCGGCGAUCGAGUGGGCGAUGGCGGAGAUGAUGCACAGCCCCGACGACCUGCGGCGCCUGCAGCAGGAGCUCGCCGACGUGGUCGGGUACGACCGGAACGUGAGCGAGUCGGACCUGGACAGGCUCCCCUUCCUCCGGUGCGUCGUCAAGGAGACGCUCCGGCUGCACCCGCCGAUCCCGCUGCUCCUCCACGAGACCGCCGAGGACUGCGUCGUGGGCGGCUACUCCGUGCCCCGGGGCUCCCGCGUCAUGAUCAACGUCUGGGCCAUCGGCCGCGACCGCGCCUCGUGGGAGGACGCCGACGCGUUCCGGCCGUCGCGGUUCGCGCCGGAGGGGGACGCCGCGGGGCUCGACUUCAAGGGCGGCUGCUUCGAGUUCCUGCCCUUCGGCUCCGGCCGCCGCUCCUGCCCCGGGAUGGCGCUGGGCCUGUACGCGCUGGAGCUCGCCGUCGCGCAGCUCGCGCACGGCUUCAGCUGGUCGCUGCCCGACGGCAUGAAGCCCUCGGAGCUCGACAUGGGCGACAUCUUCGGGCUCACCGCGCCGCGCGCCACGCGGCUCUACGCCGUGCCCACGCCCCGGCUCAACUGCCCCCUGUACUGACGAGGUAGCGGAUCGACGUACGCGGCAAACUGUGUUGUUAUUAGCAGGCGUAUGAUGCAUGGUGUUGAUUCCGGGGAGCAGCAGGAGCUUAAUUUGGUGGCUUUUUCUUUCUUUCUUUUUUCUUUUUGUGUGUUUUCCCUUUCGUUUAAAUCAUGUCGUCCGAUGCUAUAGGGCAAUAAGGGAAUUCUUGCUCAUGGAUAGCCGCAUGACUAGUGUAAGGAUCGAAGUGUGGCCACAAGAACUAAUCAAGUUGUAUAAAAAAGAUGCUGGUCACGAUUGGUGGAUUUUUAAUGUAAAAUUUAACCCGCACGGACUAAUUAGAA